UUCAGAAGAGCUGUGAUAUUUCUUGCCUAUGGUUUCUGCUUCAGGAGAAGAAUAGAAAGCUCUUGUGCAGGGUCAGAUUUUCAAAUUCUCAUCUCUUGUAUCAGCUCCAUCAACAGUUUCUUUCUUGAUUCAUUUCCUGAGUAUUACUUGAUAUCUGAAGAUCUGUAAGCAUGCCUAUGGUCCUCAUCUUCCUCAAAGAAUCCCAGCCUGCUCAGUAAAGCAGUGGCUGUUCUAAGUUUCGCUCUUGGAGUCCAUCUUUUUUUUAUUGAGACCUGAUUGGAAGCAACGUUCUUUGGUCAUACUUUCCAGCAUAAAGAUGAAAAGCUUUUCAGCUUGGGAUUAUGUUGUAUUUGCAGCCCUCUUUGUCAUUUCCUCAGGAAUUGGCGUGUUCUUUGCUAUUAAGGAAAGGAAAAAGGCAACCUCUGGGGAGUUCCUGGUAGGAGGAAGGCAAAUGAGCUUUGGCCCUGUAGCUUUGUCUCUGACAGCCAGCUUCAUGUCGGCUGUCACUGUCCUGGGAAGCCCUGCAGAUGUCUAUCGCUUUGGAGCAUCCUUCAUAUUUUUCUUCAUUUCAUAUUUUUUUGUCGUCACAUUUACAUCUGAGCUUUUUAUCCCUGUGUUCUACAGAUCUGGCAUCACCAGCACCUAUGAGUAUUUACAACUACGAUUCAACAAACCAGUCCGCAUGGCAGCAACAGUCAUUUACAUUGUGCAGACGAUUCUCUACACAGGGGUGGUGGUAUACGCGCCUGCUCUGGCACUCAAUCAAGUGACUGGGUUUGAUCUCUGGGGCUCUGUGUUUGCAACAGGAAUUGUUUGCACGUUCUACUGUACAGUGGGAGGAUUGAAAGCGGUGGUAUGGACCGAUGCCUUUCAGAUGGUCGUCAUGAUUGGGGGCUUCUUAUCGGUUCUCAUUCAAGGAUCAGCGAAGGCUGGUGGGUUCCACAAUGUAUGGGAGCAAGCCAAAAAUGGAUCCCGACUCCACUUGUUUGAUUUUGAUGUGGAUCCUCUCCGACGACACACGUUUUGGACAAUCUCAGUGGGAGGAACAUUUACAUGGCUUGGAGUCUAUGGAGUUAAUCAAUCCACCAUCCAGAGAUGCAUUUCUUGCAAAACAGAAAAGCAAGCUAAGCUUGCCUUAUAUUUUAAUUUGUUGGGUCUCUGGAUCAUUUUGUUCUGUGCUGUCUUCUCUGGAUUAAUCAUGUACUCCUACUUCAAAGACUGUGACCCUUGGACUUCUGGCAUUAUCUCAGCACCAGACCAGCUGAUGCCAUAUUUUGUUAUGGAGAUAUUUGAAACUAUGCCUGGACUUCCAGGAAUUUUUGUGGCUAGUGCUUUUAGUGGAACGCUGAGCACAGUGGCUGCCAGCAUCAAUGCUUUAGCAACAGUGACCUUUGAGGAUUUUGUCAAGACCUGCUUUCCCCAUCUCUCUGACAAGAAGAGCACUUGGAUCAGUAAAGGCUUAUGUCUCCUGUUUGGCAUAAUGUGCACCUCUAUGGCGGUGCUUGCAUCUCUCAUGGGUAGUGUUAUACAGGCUGCCCUCAGCAUCCAUGGUAUGUGCGGGGGACCGAUGCUGGGUUUAUUCUCUCUGGGAAUCCUCUUCCCUUUUGUGAACUGGAAGGGUGCACUAGGAGGCUUCAUUACUGGGAUUGCCUUAUCAUUUUGGGUAGGCAUCGGGUCCUUCAUUUAUCCUGCUCCAGAUUCUAAGACGUGGCCUUUGCCUUUAUCAACAGACCAAUGUGUCCAUUCAAAUAUGACAACAACAGUCAGUCGGGAGAUCUCUAACAGGUUGGAAAUAUCCUUUACCAUCUUGAGGAUGGAUGACUACCCUGGUGUCAAUUCCUGUCUGCAAAAUGGCAAAGAUAUUAACCCACUUUUAAUUAGACCAGUUUGCAAUCUAUUUUGCUUUUGGUCUAAGAAAUACAAAACUCUGUGUUGGUGUGGCGUUCAUCAUGACAGUGAAACAGAGCAGGAUUACCAUGAAAAUGGUAGUGCCUGGAAACAAGGUUCCGGAUAUGCCUUACAGAAUGGACUCAGGCAAGGCAACCUGAGCCAUAGUCCAGGCUUUGAUCCCAAGAACAAAAGCUACAGCAAUAUGGCGUCAGAGUCAGAGAAGAUUACAUAUUUGUAGGAUGGUACAUGGAAAUGCACAUGUGUAAUACACACAUAUACAUUCAUCAUGCUUCUUGCCAAAUGCAGGCAGAUUUGUUCAAUGUGAGAAGAUAAGGGUGUCUUGCAUCUAUUUAUACUUAUUUAUACAAAUACAAUUGCUGUUUGAUCAACUCGCAAUGAUAAUUAUCAACCAGAUCAUAGAGCCUGGUCAUGCCCUCCUUGAACAAAUUAGGACUGAAUUCCAUCAUAAUUCAAGACAGUCUCUUUGCUUCCUAUUAAAUUUCAAAUUUUCUGUCUAGGAUUUUCAUUUUGAAAAUUGACAUGGGCAAUUUGACCUAGUGUUUUACUUAUAAUAAACAUCUACUCUACCACUCCCCUA